AACUCCUGUCCUCUUCACUAGAGCUUGCCAGGAUUUGCUGGUGAAAACUGGAUCCCUGUCAGAUACUAUAAAGAGAGGCAUGCCAUGAAGCUUAUAAAUAUUGUCCAGAAAAAGUUCAGCAAUUUUCUGGGCUGUAUAUGGAUGUUUGACAGCUUUUGCAGGAACAGGCAAUGGUGAUAGCAACCCAGGAUAAGCCACUCUCUCAGGUGACAGGAAAUCCAGAAUGACCACCCAAGGGAGUGUCAUGGAAAGCUUGGCAAAUUUUUGUGUGCAAACCACAGUCAUUGCCUACCCAAAUGCAACCCUUAUACCUCAGCACACCUUGUAACAAUUGAAAAUUGUUUUUGGACUUAGGCUGCACUGACAACUGUUGCAAUAAUUCCUGUGCCUUUAUGUCAUCCUUAUAACUUUCCACCACUUCUUCCAACCAACUAGGCUGAACCCCAGAGAUUGCUAACACUUGAGAAUCUGACUGUGGUCUCCUAGAAAGGGCAUCAGCUGCAGAAUUAUCAAUACCCUUCUUGUAAACAAUCUUAUAAUUCAAUCCCAUCAUUUUUGUGAGAGCUUUUUGUUGCCAGGGUGUAUGCAGUCUCUGAUCAGAAAGAUUCACCAAACUUUUUUGAUCUGUCCUGAUAAUGAACUCUUGGAACUGUAAGUAUGGUCUCCACUGCUCAAUAGCUAACAAUAUAGCUAGAUACUCCUUCUCAUAAACAGAUAACCCUCUGUUCCUAGGACCUAGAGCUCUGCUGACAAAAGCAAUGGGGUGGUCCUGCUGCAUCAGAACAGCACCAAUCCCAACAUCACAAGCAUCAGUUUCAACCACAAAUUGCUUAGAAAAAUCAGGUAAUGCCAAGACAGGAGCAUGAAUAAGAGCUUGCUUCAGAGUUUGGAAAGAUAUCUCUGUAGCUGGUGUCCACACAAAGAUAGCCCCCUUUUUCAACAGAUCAGUUAAUGGUCUACUGAUCAUCCCAUAGUUCCUGAUAAACUUCCUGUAGUACCCAGUUAAGCCCAGAAAUCCUCUGACUUGCUUCACAUCAGUAGGCACUGGCCAACUCUUAACAGUUGCAAUUUUGCUAGCAUCUGUUGAAACUCCUUCACUGCUAAUAACAUGGCCCAGAUAAGCAAUUUCUUGUUUAGCAAAGUCACACUUGCUCAACUUCACUCUCCAUUGUUUUUCCAACAAAAUACUCAGCACCUUUUCCAAAUGUAUAAAGUGUUCUUUCAAGGUUUUAUUGAAGAUGAGGAUAUCAUCAAAGAAACACACUGCACAAGGAUCUUCUCCUCUCAGAACUGGAGUUAGAUCUGUGUUCAUUGCCCCUUGGAAGGUAUUGGGUGCACCUGUCAGGCCCAUAGCCACCACAGUAAACUCAUAGUGGCCAGUAUGGGUUUGGAAAGCAGUCUUGAAUUCUUCUCCAGGUGCUAGACUGAUCUGAUGGUAGCCAGCUCUUAGGUCUAGUUUUGAAAACCAACGAGCUCCAGCAAGUUGAUCUAGUAAUUCAUCUAUAACAGGAAUUGGGUAUUUGCUCUUAAUUGUGAGAGCAUUAACAUCUCUAAAAUCAAUGACCAACCUCCAAUCUCCUUCUUCCUUUUUCUUAACCAUCAGAGCAGGGGAUGAGAAGGGACUGUUGCUCACCUGAAUUAUUCCCCUUUGCAGCAUUUCCUGCACCUGCUUUUCCAUUUGUAGGGUCUGAUGGACACUGGUUGAGCACCAGGGAUUAACGGUAUACUGUGAUCAUACUGUCUUCUGGGAGGUAGACCUGUAGGAGGAGAGAAGACCACGGCAUACUUGUCCAACAGAGCCUGAAUUUCAGGUCAGCUGUGAGAAGAUCAUAAUUGAGAAAGAUGAUGUUGCUAAAGGACUUGAGGAGCUUAUUGCCCUUCAUGGCAUCACCAAGCUUGUCAUGGGAGCAGCUGCAGACAAACAUUACUCAAAGAAAAUGAAAAGACCAAAGUCCAAGACAGCACUCGGACUAAUGGAAGCAGAAGCCUCACCAUGUAAGAUAUGGUUUACUUGUAAAGGACAACUGAUAUGUACCAGGGAAGCAAACACAACCAUUCCCAUGAUACCACCAUCACCUGCAUCGACAGUUGCAUCAACAUUAUCAGCAAGCAGCAUUUCCAGCCGCAUGAGAUCGAUUACGAUCCACCACUCAGAGAGUGAAGCACCAAGCUCAAAUGGAAGUCCACAGCAGAAUCUGAACAGAUCGAGAACAGAAGUGAUGCGGCAUCACUCUCGAGGAGCUGGUGGUACGCCACCUCAGCUAUUUGAACCUUUGGAACUCAAUGCGAAUGCCAGGCCAACAAGAACACCAUUGAGUUCUAUGGAUUCCUGGGAUGAAUUUGGGAGGAGAUCACAAAGCUCCUGGUACAAUCUAUCAAGGAACGAUGAUGCAAUCAGUGUCUCCGAAUCAGCAACACAUCAUCCAAUGCACGAGUCUGACGAUGACCACUUUUCAUCUCCUUUUCAUGAGCUCGAGAAUCCAGGUGCUGAUGCGGAAAUGUAUGGUAGACUUGAGGAGGCUCUCCGCGAAACUCAAGAAUCGAAGAAAGAGGUGUUCGAAGAAUCAACCAAGCGCCGAAAAGCCGAACUUGAUCUGCUUUCAGCUCUUCAAAAGGCCAAGGAGUUGGAGAAGUUGUAUCAUCACGAGAUAAGACAGAGAAAAACAAUCGAGGAGACACUCGUGAGACAGGCGCAGGAGCUCGAAGCAACGAAAAUUCAGUGUGACACGAUAUACGACCAACUACAUGAUGCAGAAGAACAGAAGGCCGUGUUGGAGCAGCGCAUGACCGAGAUGGAGUCUGCUCUUAGAGAUGGCGAGGAGAAGCUGGCCACAAGCAAGUGCCUUCUCGAAGCGCUCCAAGCAGACAAAGAGAAGCUGCAACAAGAGAGAGAUGCCGCGGCAACCGCGGCUGCAGAGUUGCGCCAGAAGAGCGAGCAGAGAAUUUCUAUGGCGACUGAAGCAUUGAACACCGAGUUCUCCGCCGUUGAGCUCGAGCAGGCAACUCGGAGCUUUGACGAAGUGCUCAAGAUCGGCGAGGGCGGGUUCGGGUGUGUCUACAAAGGCUCACUGCGCAGCACAACCGUGGCUAUAAAGCUGUUGCAUCCGAAAAGCUUGCAGGGCCAGUCAGAAUUCAACCAAGAGGUUGCUGUCCUCGGCAGAGUAAGGCACCCGAACCUCGUUGCGCUGAUCGGGUCGUGCCGGGAGGCGUUCGGCCUGGUGUACGAGUACCUCCCGAACGGCAGCCUCGAGGACCGGCUCGCGUGCGCGAACGACACGCCGCCGUUGACAUGGCAGGUGCGCACCAGGAUCAUCUACGAGAUGUGCUCGGCCCUGACGUUCCUGCACUCGAACAAGCCGCACCCGGUGGUCCACGGGGACCUGAAGCCGGCCAACAUCCUCCUGGACGCCAACCUGGUGAGCAAGCUGGGGGACUUCGGCAUCUGCCGCCUCCUGACGCAGUCCGGCACCUCCACCGCCGCCACCACGCUGUACCGGACGACCACCCCGAGGGGGACCUUCGCAUACAUGGACCCGGAGUUCCUGUCGUCCGGCGAGCUGACGCCACGCUCCGACGUCUACUCCUUGGGCAUCAUCAUCCUGCAGCUCCUGACGGGCAGGCGGCCCCAGAAGAUCGCCGAGGUGGUGGAGGACGCGGUGGAGAAGGGUGAGCUGCACACCGUCCUCGACCCCUCCGCGGGGGCCUGGCCGUUCGUGCAGGCCAACCAGCUCGCGCACCUCGGCCUGCGGUGCGCCGAGAUGAGCAGGAGGCGCCGCCCGGACCUCGCCCGGGAGGUGUGGACCGUGGUCGAGCCCCUGAUGAAGGCCGCCUCGCUGACCGCCCGGCGGCCGACGUUCGCUGCCUCGUCGGCUUUGCCGGACGAGGCUUCCACGCCGUCCUACUUCGUCUGCCCGAUCUUCCAGGAGAUGAUGAAUGAUCCGCACAUCGCGGCAGACGGGUUCACGUACGAAGCAGAGGCGAUCAGAGGGUGGCUGGACAGUGGGCACGACACGUCGCCGAUGACCAACCUGAAGCUCGCGCACCGCGAACUCACCCCGAACCGGGGGCUCCGCUCGGUGAUUCUCGAGUGGCAACAACAGCAUCGGCAGUACCAUGAGGACUGGAGAUGACCAAUCCUUGAACACGCACGAAAUCCUGUAAAUGGUGUACAUAAAAGUUUGAAUCGAACAAAAUUAUUCCAAGGGACGGAUUUACCGAUAGUGAUCUGGAAAA